AUGGAGAAGGCGCUCAAUAAUGCCCGACUUGAUAAGAGCAAAGCCGUUGCUGAGAAGGAACAGAUUGAGUUGGCUUUUCAAGCGAUUAAGGAGCAACUAAAGGAAUCUAUUGAGUAUUUAUCGGCUCUAAAUGAGCGAAGGCAUCCUCUUCCUCUCGGACCUUCCGCUUUUGCGAAUGUUUCUAUUAUUGCUUCUUCUUAUCUGCUAGCAAUGGUUUCUGUUGUGCUUCCAACUUCUCAACCCCAGAAAGGGCCAUGCCUCUUCUUCUAUGGUCCUGUGUCUCAACUCUUGAAGGAUUCCACAGAAGAUGAGAAAAACCCACUGAAGAUCCCAACAAAAGAGAACAUAAGAUUGGCCUUAAGAUGGCUUGUUCAAGGCAGUCGAGUUGGAGAUUCAUUAGUGUUUCACUUUUCAGGCCAUGGAUCACAAGUGGCUAAAAAUGACAUGAAUGAGAGUGAGGGAUUAAAUGAAACUUUAUGCCCUCUUGACUAUGAAACUCAAGGGAUGAUUGUUGAUGAUGAACUCUAUGAAACUAUUGUGAAACCAUUGCCUAAUGGGGUUGUGCUUCAUGCCAUUAUUGAUGCUUGUUAUAGUGGCACCAUUCUCAAUCUACCAUUCAUUUGCAAGAUGAACAGGGAAGGGUACUAUACAUGGGAAGAGCAAAAAUGCUUCCAGAAUAUCUAUAAAGGCAUAAGCGGAGGGUUAGCCGUUUGUAUCAGCGCUUGCAAUGACGAUCAAAUUUCAGUCGACACUACAGCAUUGGCAGGGAAUAUUGCAACAGGUGCACUGACCUAUAGCUUCAUACAAGCAGUGGAAAAUGAGCCAGGAUUAACCUAUGGUCGCUUGCUAAUUGCUAUGCGCCAAGCAAUUCGUGAGGCUAAAACUGGUGGAUUACGCCUAACUGGUCCGAUUGCUUCUCUCAUAAAUAGAACACUCUUUAACUCAGAGAUAGCUCAGGAGCCACAGUUGUCUUCGUCCGACAAAUUCGAAAUUUAUUGCAAACAGUUUUUACUGUAACACAUUUGCCGAUGCCUAUGCUUUGUUGCUUAUCCAAUUUUACUAUGGUAAUCAUAGAAAUAUCAAAAUUGUAUUAUAU